CCCAUAAAUUACUCUCUUUUCCCGUGAAUUCUUCCGUAUUACCCCUUACUAGAAGUGGAAAAAAAGUUGGUGAAGUGUAUUAUUGUUUUGGGUACACUUGUAAGUGAUGAAAGUUCCUUUUUUCACAAUGGGCUGAUCACGAUGUUCGUGAUGCAUGAGUUAUGCUUUGAUUCUGCCGUGUUUUCUUGCCCUCGGAAAUGAAGACAAGCACUCCUCACCAAGAUUCAUGAAGAGUUUUCUUCAUCUUGGGUGACCAUGAUUAAGUACAUAAAAGAAGAGGCUCUUGUGUCGAGCACUCAAGAUGCCUAUCACUAUAUGGAUUCAGGAGGGGAUAUAUACAGUAGACCACGUCCACUGCCACCGCAUUCCUAUCCUGUUUCAAUUCGUGAUCCUCGGGUGGAGUUGCAACUAAACAGGGAAAAACAGAGAGAGCUAUUGUACGCCAAUGUGAAGAAGGAACCAAUCAAGUCCCCUCCUACAUCUCACCCCGAUUCUCCUCUUACCUCUCCUCACCCUCCACAGUUGUAUCAGAAAAAGGGAAACCAUCAAGUUGGUCAACCAGGGCAGGGAGAUUUGAAUGCAAAAAAAACAAAAUCCCUACCAUCGCCUUCAUCAGUUCCAGUUGCAGUGCAAGCUCGCCCGAUUAGCUUUCCAUGGGAGUCGGAGUUUCGGCUCAGAUCCAAAGCUUCAAUUGGGAAACCAAGCGAGAAGCACCUGGAAGAGUUGAUGACAUGGUACUCGAGAUCAAUAGCAUCGAGUUUGCAAGAGGGAUAUUUGAAAACACAAGUUGCAGCGUUGUUGAAAAAUGAUAUAAACAAUGCUUUAUUGUUUUUUCAUUUGUAUCAUUCGGAUCUAAAAAAGCCUCUAGAGCACACAUGCUAUUUAGACAAAAUGGUCGAUUUGAUGGCAAUUUAUUUGGAUUUAGAAAUCAAAGCAUCACGUUUUAGUAAUGAUAAAGUAAUCCAGACAAAAUUGACGCAGUCGCUGUAUAUUCUUCUUGACCAUUCCAUUGAUCAUAUACUUGAUGCGUUGUUGAAAACGAAACUGUUUGUUAAGAAGUACGUGGAUAUUUGCUACUCAAUAAUGUGUCGAGUACUUUGUGAUCCACCUCAAAUCCCCAUGUGUAAUUUCUCUUACAUAAGAUACAUCUUAGCAUUUAAAAUGUGGAAGAAACUUGUGAAAACGAAAGAAGAGAAAAUAAAAAUAAACAAAAUGGCUGUGUCAAGACUGCAAACACCACGUGACUUUCUGUCCAGGAUUGAGGAUAUCUCUGGUGUUUUUCCAAAAAUUCCAAAGAAAAUGAAAGAUGUCACACUAUAUUUACUGCAAAGUGAAUUUGACAUCCCGAAAUCUGUACAGGCUUUCAUAAAAUUUGCCCGCGAUCCAAAGAAUUUAGAAUUUGACGAUAAUUUACUACCAAAAAUCAUGCAGCCUUUAUUUUCCCCGGAAGAAGCCACUCUCAAUGGCUUUUCCUUUGAAUUCUCUGAAAUUGAGAAACAUCAUUCAAGGAAUCUAGCUUCGGAAGAAAGCUCGCUUGAUUCUCUCCUGCACAGUACUAUUAGAUCUCCAACCUUUGAAUUUGUUCCUAAUUCCUCGUUUUCCACCGCACCCGAGUCCCCACUACACUCAGACUCCAGUCCUAAAAACUCAGCAAAACCUUCCGCUUUCCCUAACAGCAGUCCUUCGUCCCGUUUGUCCGUGGUUUCCUCAUCCCUCCAAGACAGCAUCCCAAGUGUUGUCACUUCAUCAUCUCAAUUCAAGUCUAAGCAAGAUCGAGACACAAGUGAAUCUAGUGGGAAACAGGUUUCGCCAUUGAAGUCGGAUGAGAAAUCAUCCCAAAUCACCACUCCAACCACUGUUCAUUCAACACCCCUUUAUAGCCCGAACAAAUUGAAUCAGUCGAGAAAUUCACAUGAGUCAAGACAGUCUAGGGAAAGGGAUGAACGGCCUUGUCACUUGAACGGUCAUAGGAAUUCUCAAGCGUUAGAUAGCUCAAACGUCAAGUUCAAAGUGAAGGUGGAGAAAUCUCCCUUUUAUUCCUCAGAAAUUAACAAUGAGGUCUCAUCAUCUGAUAACAUCAAUCGAAUUGCAAUCAAGCAAGAAAGAACGGAUUGUGAUAGUGCAUUAUCCAACCAUGAUGCAGAAGAAGACAAGUGUCCUAUUCCUCCCAAAGUAUCUACUUCAGGAAAAGAACCCUCCUCUGAGUUUGCUUUAUGGUCCACACCUGUAAAAACUGAUAAAACUGUGAUAUUUCAUGAUAAUAAUUCCUUGAUGAGGUCUAUUUGGAACUGUGGUGGGGUAAAUUUAGAUUUCAGUAAUGGGAGUGGUGAUGAGGAGAGAAUUCCAUCUGAUAGGUAUUUCCAGCCCCACUUGCACCCUCACGAAGAACUGCCAAAUAGUGACUCAGUCUCAAACCUUAAUUCCUCCGCCGAAGACCCGUUCUAUUCCGACAUCUGUGAUCAAAUCCUCAUGGGCAAUAACUGUUAUCCUGAAAGUUUAAUGCAAUUUAGUACUCUUGGUUUUGAUAGCGAGAGGAACUUGAGCGAAACCAUGAAUUUAAACAGCAGUGGUGAAUCCUCACAAUCUUGCAAUCUAUGGUCAUUCAACGAUCACAAGCAACUUCAAAGAAGCACAUCGCCAUCAUCAAGACAGUUCCCAUCGCAGAACUAUGCUCGCACCGGUGAAUAUUUAUUCAACGAGCAUCGUCAAGAAGCUAAAAUCAUUAGAGAUGAAGACAUUCCCAAUGGCGAUGAAUUGAAAAGAGAAUUGAUUCCUCUUGACAUUAAGUUUGAGGUUUCAAGCAUGAAACGGUCACAUGACUGCGUCGAUGAUUGGAUCAAUUCGCUUUGGGGAAGCAGCAGCUGUAGUGAAGAAGAAGAAGACUCCUUCAGUGAGUCAGAAAACAAGGCUGUGAUGACAGAACAAGUUGGUGUUCUAGAAAAAAUUCAAAAUGGUCUUUCAAAGAGCAAUGGUAAAUUUUCUUCCAACAGCAAAAGUAACUCAAGUAGUAAAAACAAAAGAUGGAACAAACAAAUCAUCACAUGCGUUGAAAAGAAGCGCCCAAUACCUCGUACUAGAAAACGUUCAAAACAGUAUUAAAUUUUUCUGCUUAAUGUGCUUUAUCUCAGUCGGAUCUCGUGUACAUACUCAAUGAUUGUUUAUUGUUAAGUUUAGUUUUAAGAUUUUUGCAUUGUUUAUUGUAGUUUUAUAUAUUUAAUUUACUUAUCGUUUUUUAUUGUACCUAACAUUUUUUACUUUAUAUUUUCCUUCUUUGUUAUGCAUAAUUACUCAUCUGUUAUGAUGCAGCUGGAAGUAGAAAGUUAAAGUUAUCUUAAGUCAAAAGAAUUUCAAAAAGUACUCACCUCUGACUAUCAAUCCUGGAAUUCUUCACUUCAAAAAUUAAGGUUUACCAUCAGUAUUUCCCCUCCAUUAUUUCCUUUUUUUUAUCUGAUGAAUUUAAGUAAGGACAUGGUCUGAAACAUUUUUUUAUUAACAAAGACUCUGGUAAAGUGCAAGAGGAUCAUUGGUGUUGCUUUCUUAUUGACUUUAAAAUAGCCUUGCGCUGCAUUGAUCAUUUUUUGGAGUUCAUUUUCUUGAAGUAUUAACUUUGCAUAUGGAGUUCAACUGUAUACGUAUAAACAUGAACCACUCAGCCCUAAACUUCUCACACAUGUAGAUGCUUGACCCUCUCAGAAAAUGUUCAUACUUUGCAAGGUUGCCUCAGUCAGGGAAUACCAGGAAAUCUGAGAAGCGUCAGGAAAUUUUAAAAAUUCAGGGAAAACCUGGAACUGUUCGGAAAAAUGAUGAAAGGUGUCAUGAAAAAUUAGUUAAGUCUCCUUUAUUUGCCUCCUGAAUGGAUGUGAAGUUUCGAACAACGGUUUUUGCGUAGAAACUAUUUCAAAUUAUGUCUUGUCAACCCUCAUAUUUUCAAUUGUCAGGGAACUCUACCUUUAUGCAUCAGGGAACUUUGUUUUCUCAGUUCUGUGGCAACCCUGACUUUAAUCUCCUGCUCAGGUACCUAGGAAACGAGUUGGUACUAACUAAAACAAACGAAUAUGUUUGUCUCUUACGCUCUUUUAUAUUUUGCAAUAACUUAUGGUUUAUGGUUCAGGAAUGAGUAAUAGUGCAGACUAUGCUUUUUGAUGGAUUUCAGCAAUUUACUGAGAAAAAGGGAUUCUGUACUCUAAGUAAAAUCUUACCACGUCUAAAUAAAAGAGUUAGAACUGGCUUUCGUACUCUUUAAUGCCCUUUUAAGGUCAGUUGGAGUUAGCAGCAUUCCAUCUUCACUCUAAAGUUUCAGGCAUUAUUAUGAUUGGCAAGCCUCUUUAUGGCUCCGAAAAAUCCUGAUUUAUUUGUGAUUUUCGCAUGACUUAGACCUGUGAUAGAAGUGUGUCCUCUCCCCCCUCCCUUUUCUGCCCCUUCCCAUCUAUUCUCCCAGAGAAGCUGAGCAGCCAAUGAAAGAACAAUUUUUGACAGGUGGUCAAGCAUCGUUUUUUUGUUAUUUUUCUGGAUCAUUAGUAUUUGAAAUUUUUAGUAAAAUCUACCAUUUUUAUUGUAAAUCUUAAGGCGACGGAUUCAGUAACUUUAAAAUGGAAAGAAUGAAGAAGGCAUGCUACCCCCCAGAAAGCACUUAAAUACUAAAGGUAAUUUAUACCUUAUAAUAAAGGAACAAAAUGACCAAAGACUAGAGCAUGGCUCCUGUAAGUUAAGGAAAGAAUACUCACUGUAUUUAAUCAUACAGGGGAGGGGUGGUAGAAUCACUCAUCUUUAGUUAGGCCUAAGUUUUACGGUGAUCGAUUCCCAAUUUCUCUCUCAAGGGUGAAAAUAACAUACAUGAUACUAAAUUAAUACUUAUGUUUUAAGACAAAGAAUUUUUAACCCGGUGUAUUAUAAUUUCAUCCGUCUAAGAUUGGUUGGAAUGUUUAAACUCUUGCACAGCAGCUAUAGAAGGAAAAUAAGAUAAUCUUAUUGAUCAAGCACAAUGCGCAGCAAGGAACAAGUUCCUAAAAAUUUUAUAUAAAUGUAUGUAACUAAGAAAUGCUCCGGUCUUUUGAUAUGAUUCCUCAAAUCCUCAGUCUGUCACAGUGCAAUAUCUCUAUAGGAUAGAUACUAAUAAAAAUGUAUUUACUUUUACUUUAAAAUAAAAGUAGAUGAGACAGUAUGUUGCAGCAAGAACAGCAGUUGACAGAAAGGAAACUUUUUUUGAGCUAAACACAUCUUGGAACAUGAGAGAAAACAGAAAUAAAGAAAUUGACUCUUUUGGCAAGCAGCAUACCACAAAACCUUUGGGAACAGAAUGCAUGCUAUUCUGUCACCAGGUACAGCUCCAACUAAAAUCACAUUUCUCUUCGGAAAUAUUCAGCAUUUUGUUAUCUAAAAAUCAACACCUCCUUAUAGUAAUUCUGAAGACCUUACCAUAAGCUGAAGAAAUUUGACAGAGUUAAGCAAAAUAGUCACAUCUACUUUGCGGUGUUUCAAAAUUUCAUCUCCCAUUUUCAUUCUUUGAAGGGACGCGACCAACAUCCUCCCUCGAAAAUGGUUGCAAUUUUUCUUGCCUGUACAGAAGUUAUUCUCACAACAUCAAAGUAAAACGUUGAUUGGGUUCCUUCUAAAAUAUUAAAAUAGGAGAAGAGAUUUCGAAACACCGCAGUAUUGAUGUGACCUUUUUGCUUAACUUUAUCCGGUUUCUGUUGUUGUUAUGAGAGUGUCAUUAUGAGAGAGCUGAAAGUGGAUUACAAAUCCUCUGAUAAUUGCUAAAGCUGUAUUUUUAGGCAUUCUUUUUCUCAUAAAGAUACUUCGCUUCUUUGUUUUUUUAGUACAGAGUUCAUUACUGUAAGUAACAUGUAUUUCAAUGGCUUAGUGUGGAAAGUGCAUAUCUUAAAGCAACUUUUGAAAACCUCCGUUCAUGUUUCAUUUUCUUUAAAAAAAAUCAAUGAAAAUGUUUCCCUCAAUUUCGUGUCAUUUUUUCAGAACAAGUGAAAAUUAACCGAAAAUUUCAGGAGACUGUUUGUUUGUUUUCCUUUAAAAAAAAUGAAAAACAUGAGCGGAGACUUAAAGCAUCGCAUCUGAGGUUUGCAUUUUUUGACUUGAGCCAUCGCUAUGUUGCUAAUAGUGUAGCGGAGGUCAAACUAUUUCUUAGAUAACAAUUUUGAAAGAAGAUCCCUGUAUGUAAUUUGUAAACUUGUCUUUUCUCAAAACUUGUAUGUUCUCUAUGACCUCAAACGUUGCAUCUUCAUCAAUUCACACUUAAUCUAAUUUGUGCCAAAAUCUACAUAAAUUCCUCCUGUUCGCAACAAUAUCCUUAUCCGGAUUUUUAGUUAUUGGUAGACAAGGUGGCAAAAUAGUACUAGAUCCAUAGUAUUUUACCACCGUGUUACAUUCAGUUCAGGCCACAUUUUUCCGUUUCUUUCUUGUCAUUGGUAGACAAUGUAUCUUUUUACAGAUUUGGUUACAAGUAUUGAUUUCCAGAAAUUCUUAUACCUCCUUGCAAAGAUGCAAACUUAUUGCCAGCAUGAUAAUAGAAGAGUCACAGUGAUAGUAAUAUCUAACCAUCUUGUUAGAUUUGUCUGAGAUUAUCUCUGACAACCAAGCAAAUGAAAGGCAACUAGACAAGGUCUAAACCAGAAAAAUGGUCACAUGUUUCCCAUUCCAAAUCUUAUUAAGAAAACUAUUCACGCAACGGGAAGUUGGAAUUCAAUUUCUGAACGGGAUUUUAACAAGUUGAUAAUUUUUGAUACCUAGCAAAUGGAACUUAGAUAAUAUGAAUGAAGUCAUGUAUCUUUGCCAUUUAACUAGUGUUAAUCGUGAACACUUAUACAUACCUUGUCUAAAGUUAAUUUCAAGACCUCUCUUUGUGUGUGUUUUUUUCCUGUAAGAAAACAUGCUUUAUAGUGCUAUAAUUCAUACCUGUCUAGAGGCUCAUUCUGUUUUUUUGAACAAGUCUCCAUAAUUUCUGUAUACCGAAUUCAUUCGAAUUCCUUCCCCUCUUUUUUGCAGUGAAUGCAAAAAAGAGAUGCAAUGAAUCUGAGGUAAAGUCAGGGACUAUUUUGAUAAGUCUGUUUUUCAUUUAUUUUCAUUUUUUUGGUUUUAAAAAAAUGAAUUGUCUGGAAAAAAAAUCCUUAUCUGAAGAGAAAACUGAGAUGAUUUUCAUGUUGAUCACUUUUUUAAUUUAAGGCACUAAAGCCUUAAGGUUUGUUUACUGGCUUAAAGUCAAGCUUAUUGUGAGGGUCAUCCUAGCUUAUCAGUGAAUCACGCGAGGUUAAUCAAAAGUUAUUUAUGUUAACAUUCAUUGAUCUGAUGAUAGUUAAAGUUCAUUGUUGAGCCUCACGUUAAGCUUCACUGUAAGUGUGUGUACAUGCCUUUAAAAGUAAGGUAAUUUGUAAUACUUAACUCUAAUUUUUAUCUUCUUUUUUUAAUCAAUACCUAUGUAUAAGAUCAACACUUAUCGAAAAAGAACUUGAAUUUCCCUCUCGGUUUUUUCUCUACUUUACUUUAUUACUUAAUAAUUCUGGGAUGAAAUAAAUGAAGGACGUGUGAUUAUUUCGUAAUGACUCCGUCAUGUGGAACUUCAAGUAUCUUUGAGGGUUAAUUGAGUCAUAAUUGUGAUUCUUAAGGAUAAACUUUUGGCUUGCUGGUAAGAUUCAACAAUUUAGCAAGUAAGUAAGCAAGAAAAGUAAGCACAUAUUCAUAGUCAUGCGUCCCUCUUAUGUUAUUAUUGUCCCCAUUUUCUUCCACAACUUUGUCUACACAGCCCCAAGCUUCAUAUUCUCGUGUAACACUUUUUUCCUUGUUCCCUCUGUCUAGCAUUUCGUUGUUUUAAUUUCUGAUCUCUUAUGUAGUAACAUGUAUUACAUAUCUGUUUCGUCCGAGUAAUCUUGGGUAGUUUUGGUACCCCUCUGUCUUAUUUUAAAAUACUCAUGACUUUUGAAAUAAAAUUCUUUAUUCUCAUUUCA